UUAGUUUUGGGAUCUUUUACCUUGACCUGAUUAGAGUUUGAUUCUAAAUAAUCAAAAAAAUGGAAAUUAAAUUGUUAGAUGAAAAUUCCAAAGAAUGCAAGCAAUAUCAAUUAGCCAUUGAUAAAGCUUUAAAAAACUUUGAAAAUACUGAAGAAUGGCCUGAUUUAAUAUCUGUCUUAGGAAAAUUACAGAAGGUGAUACAAACAUACCUUUAUAUUUCAUAUAUUCCAAGAAAAAUUAUACUUUGUAAAAGAUUAGCUCAAUGUUUGCAUCCAGCAUUACCAAGUGGUGUUCAUUUGAAGACACUUCAAAUAUAUGAACUAAUUUUUAAAACAAUAGGAAUAAAGAAUUUAUCAGAAGAUUUUUCUAUUUACACAUUUGGCAUUUUCCCAUUAUUCCAGAAGGCUUCCCUGGCUAUUAAGCCUGUGAUAUUGAACCUGGUAGAAAAUUAUUUAGUCCUCCCUUUCAUAAAUACCGACGAUGGAAUAGUCGUUGAAUCAUUAAUUAUAGAACCUGGAUUACUAGGCUUGUUCAUGGGAAUAUUUCCAGGAAUCGAAAUAGGAUCCGAGUUUUUACCACAAUUUUUUAAAAUAGUUGACAAAAUUUACGAACAUCUGGCAUCGAAAGGGUCCGAUCUUAAGGGAUCAGCACGUGUUCAAUAUCGCGAUGUUCAUCAAAAGUCAUAUGUGUCUUAUUUUUUUCAUUGCAUUUUCGUUACAUUAACCAAAUCCCCUAAUUCCCGUUUAGGCGUUUUAACCUAUCUUCUUGAGAAUAAAGUCAAGUUUAAGCCCCAAAUCAAGGAAUUAAUUUCUCUUUCAAACAACGAUUAUACCUCUGUUGAAACAUCAAAUAUAUUGCGAAAUAGGGAGAUUAUGAUAUUUUCUCUAUGCUCGGCGAUAAUGGAUGAAAAUAUAUUGGUAAAAAGAAAUGUACUGGACGUUAUGCAAGUUUUGGUUCCUUUGGCUUUGCUUGAUACAAAUAUGCUAUCCGAAUCCAAGGUUCAAGAUAAAGAUCAUAUUAAUUCCCUCAAUCUUCGAUUAAUGAACAUCAUUUUGAACAUUCUGGUAGGGAAAAACACUACUUUGCAAAAACGCAUAUUUAAUUGGCUAUUUCCUGGCAACUACGAUAGUUCAAACAAAUAUAUUCAGAGAUCCAGCUUAUUUAGACCUCCAAUUAAGAACUUCUUAGAAACGGAACCAAAAAAUAACACUAUUUAUCAGACAAAUAAUGAGAACAAUGGUGUUAGCAAAAAGGGCCAUAAAAGGACUGGCUCUAAAGACGAUUCCUAUUACUGCAUGAUGAAACGGAGUGGUGUCACAAUGCUUAGCAAUUGCACGAAUUUAGACCGUGGGGAUCCAAACAUUGAUACCAUUCAAUCUUACAAUGUAAAUUCCCCGAAAACCAACUCAUUAGUAUCCAAUUCUCUAUUAAGUGGUAAUAGCCUUAUUUUCAAUUCUGAAACCAAACUGGAUUUGUAUUCGCUUAAGCAACUCGGUCUAGUCAACGAUAAUUUGCAUUUGGACUCCUCAACGGAUAAUAAUUCCGAUUUUUGUAAUCUAGAAAAUCAACUGGCCUCAUCUUUCCAGUCCCUUGAUAUGGGAGGAGAUCCGAACGAAGUUGAUUUUGUCAAUGAAAAAGAUUGUAAAAAUUAUUUAUACCAAAGCUUGCUCAUUAUUAAAGCAUGUUUUGAAAAGGCCUUAGCACACGAAGCAUUUAAGGGUCACGCUAACGAGAGUAAAGAUGCUAUAACUGAUCUUAAUAUUAUUCCUCAAACUAUCAAUAUCAGCCUACAAAAUAAUCCUCUUCAAUGCUUGUACACUCUACUCAGCUCAUUCUCAAACCAUUACAAGGAGAUUAAAAAAUGUGGGAUGAAUGAUAACCGCAAUAUAAACUCGCUUUUGAUUCGAGCUCUUACUUUCGAUUUAGCGCCCUCCAUUAUAAAAUAUUCACUUGAUUUGUUGCCACGAGACACUUUGGGCAACAAGAAAGAGAUGGAUUGGCUCAAGAGAUUGAUCACACACAAUUGUUACGGCAAACUGAUAUUAGAAUCAAACAUGUCUGAUCUUAUGAACACAUUCCACCUCGCUCUUUGGGAAAAAGUUCAAACUAAACAAUUUAAACAUAAGUUGGUCAUUUGGUGGGAUUUUAUAAACCUAUUUUGCCCGCUUGCCUACGCAAAUACGGAGACGGGCAAAUUUAUUUCUGACAACAAUACUAUACCUUCCUAUACCAUGAUUUGGUACAAUCUCAUCAAUAGUUCCCUACUCAUAUUUUUUUCAGUCAUACAAAAUCACAUUGUCGAUAUAGAUACUUUUACAGGUAAUAUCGAAGAUAACAGUAUUCCUACACUCAAACUGAUUAUGAAUUUUAUCAACAAUUGCAUGAUAGAUAAAAUCAAACUUUUAAAUUUUUGUUCAGCCAUCGACAAAAAGUGCAAUCUUAAUGUCAACAAUUUAAUUGAUCAUGAUAUUGUUGAUAAUGAUGAAAUGGUUCUGUCUUCAUGCAAUCCCAUUGAUAUACUUAGAAACAUCGAUUAUUAUUCAUUAAAUUCUUCUUUAAACCAAGAAUAUAUUCUUAACGGCAAAGGCAUUGCAUGUAAAUCUUCCUCUUACCAUAUGGUAACCUUAAAGCAUCUUUAUUCUAUCAAUGAUUUAACUUUUGAAAACAUGGAUGAAGUUGACAAUAUGAUAUUUAGAGAUGCUGAUAUAAUUGAAACAACUCCUAUAAACAUUUGUUCAAAUAAAUCUGAUUCUGAAGAGAUUUUUUAUCGCAAUAACGAUACACUUUUGCAAUCAUCUUUUAAAUUUGAUGAUGCUUGUCUUUGUCAAAAAGAUUUUGCCGCUUUGUUGGCCAUUAUGGAAAAUAUUUACGAUAAUAUGAUUCCUAAAUUAUCAGCAUCUAUUCCGUAUCAAACUUUUCCAUUUUUAGCAGGAGAAUUUAAUAGCCAUGCUCACAUAUUAAUAAAAUCAAUAUUCCCGAAAACAUUAUAUCUCUUAUUUGAAAAAUUAUUUUUAAAUGAAACCCAUAAGUUUAACCCUGAAAAGGGCUUAUCAAUUUUACCGAAAUUGGAUUAUAUAUAUAAUGAUAAUAUUAUUAAAUCAUCUGACAAUGAUAAUGAAACUUCUCAUAAAUACUAUCAUUCUACAUUUAAUUCUACCACGAAAAAUGUAGACGAUAUAAUAUAUGAAAUAAUGAUAAAUAAAUCACAAAUUAUUGGCAAAAUCAUUUAUUCACAUUUUUACCACUUUAUUUACUUUAUAAAUUCUCAACCUGAAAAAUUAAAGAGCGAUCCAGAAUCAAACUAUAAUAUGCAUUUAUUAAACGCAACGAUGAAAUCAUUCUCAGACACUUUCAAUUUAAUGAAAAGUCAAUUAUUCUCAAAUAAUAUAUUUUGCCAUCAUAAUCGAUUGCACAUAUCCGCAUUAUUAAUGAGCGAACUUAUUUUAAUUAAAUCUAGCCCCAACAAUAUUAACCAUGAUAUCAUGAAAUUAGAUGAUAAUUUUUUUAGUGCGCUCAUAAAUGAUAUUUGGGAAAAUAUAUGUACGGAAUACAAUUAUGAUUGCCAAAAUCGAUUUUAUGACUCCCAUCAUGAUGAACCUUCAAAUGAUUCAUUUUUUAUUUUAUUAAGUACGCAAUUUUCACCAAAUAAGAUGACACAUAACGCUAAUCUUGAAUUUUAUAGGGAAUAUUUGGAUGCCUUAAUAUCUUCGGAAAUCAACCGAAAAGAUUUGACCCUUAAAAUUAAGUCUCUUAACAAAUUUAUUCAACUGUGGACUUAUAUAGGCAAUUAUUUUAUCAAACAUCCCCCCGUUAUCGACGCCAAUGAUUUUUACGAUUGCAAUUUUUUGAGCCAGUCUAUUUUGUCUAUACUCGAAUUGUUUAAAUAUCAAUGUGAGGAAUCCCUAUUGUGCAAUAUUGCAAUUCGAAAAUUAGUUGAAACCAUUUUUGCGGGUAGAAAUAACGGACAACAUUAUUGGGUUAUUGCUUAUUUUUUGCGUCCAAUAUUAUUACCAUUGAUUUUGGUAUACCCCUCUCUGGUCAAUUUGAAUGACAUAGAAAUUCGCGCAAUUGAAUACCAGGAUAAAGAUGACUUAUCGAAUAGUAGUGGUGUAUGUUAUAAAUUUAUUCGGAUAGAAAAAAAUUCUGCAAAAAAUGCAGGAGGAAUAAAAGAUGAGCUUGGUAGUGGCGAAAAUGAUUUAUCUUCAAAAGAUGUCCCACUAGUUUUAGCUUCUCAUUGUAUUAUGAUCACAAGUCAAUCAAACUCCGUAAUAACUAAUUCAUACAAUGAUUCGACAAAUGAAUCCUUCUUUAGAUCGACUGACAUGACACCUAUUCUCACCAUUUACAAUAAUGCACUGCAGAUUGUCAUCUAUCCUUACGAGUUGGAAGAAAUUAAUUUUACUUUGAAAUGCAUCCACGAUAUAUUACUUAGUACUCCAAGACAAAGUUCACAAGAUAUAGCCACUUUUCUAGUCUCCUCUUUCCCAAUACUCCAUUCCUCUCAGACAACCACUUCAUUUCAAGGGAAUACCUUUUUUGAUAAAAAAUUUAGGAACAACAUAGAAAUAUUACUAUUCACUUGUAUUCGACUCUCAACCUCGUAUUUUACUAAUUUUCCCUCAAACUCCCCAGAAUCAGAGAAGACGAGUAAUUUAAUUAAUUCUCAACGUUUAGCCUUGCACGAAGAAAACUGCGUAUGGGCCCUAAAAAUUGUGGAUAAAAUUGUUGAAGCAUGUUUAAACAUUAGGAACUAUGAAAUUUUUUCGGAUAUAUUGCAUUCCAUUAUUAAUUAUAAAGUGAUAGAGCAUGUAUUGAGUUGUUUGAAUAUAAUACCCUUUCUUCAAACAUUAAAAUCUAGUCAUUUCACCGAAUCAUUCCUCGAAAAAGAAAGAUUUCUCAACAUAGAGGAGAAUUUAUUGCUAAUCAACGACAUUUUGCAUCAUAAUGAUCCAAAGUAUCGAUAUUUGGAACUCAAAGUUCCUCUACUUUUCGAUAUUUUAAAUAAGUUAUUACUUAUAUCUAAACCAUCCAUAUCUAGUAAGGAAAAGUUUAGCCAAGGCUUGCACUCGUUAAAUCCUUCGCUAGACGUAGCUUCGGAAGCCAUAACUUCCACAUUUAAGCGACCCAAUUUUUUUAUAUCUAACCCUUCUACCAAACUCGAAAACUCAUUCGUUCUUUAUUAUAUUUUAAAUCGAGAGAUAGAUAAUUGUGCCUCGUCCUUAUUUUAUACCUGCUUUCGCAAUUUUUACCUUCAAAAUAGAAACUAUGAACAUUUAUCGACAACUAUGGAGUCUAAAAAGGAGAGAUGGUUAAAUUUCCUAUCCAAUUCGACAUAUUAUUUGCUAGAAAUGAAUCGCGCGUUUAUCUCCUCUACUCACAUAGAACAAUUGAGUAAGCUUUCCAUCUUGACGGCUGAUUUGAAAUCUCUGACUGUAUCCUUCCUAACUCAUCUAUUCGCUGUUACAGAUUGCAUUUUACAAAGCGUAACUGACUUCGAAAGUAAUGACCUAGAACGAUGUAACUCUAAAUGCUUGCCUCUAAACUUAGUCAAUUUGAACGCCUGUUUCGCUCUGAUCCUCAAAUUUUGCGUCUCUUCUCGCCUUUAUCCCGAUUUCGGUGAUGAUUUAAAGAAAUAUAAUUUGGAAACUACUAUCCUAACUUGCCCUUCUUAUAAAAACUGGUUCGAUGCAUGUCUUCAAGCCCUAAUUUCAUCCGAAAAUCUCUCCAAAGAUUUGUAUAACUUACCAGAUCCUACCGCGAAAAUUCGAGAUCCUUAUUAUGUUGCCAUGGCUAAAGAACUUUGGGCCUUUCACAACCCAUUCUAUGUUGAAUGCUUCUUCAAUUACUACCUCUACAUUAAUAGCCAACCCGAUCAUGGUAAGUACGAAACUUUGUUUUACUUCAUAUCUGAAAUUAUAUUCAAACAUUUUUUCAAAACCAGUGAAUCCUCAUUCUCACUAAUAUCAACUCUUUGCCCUUUUUUUGCUAGCUCGUGUAGCAAAGAUCCUCACUUACCCAUAGAUGCAUACUAUUCCAAGAUGCCAGAAAUAAUCAACGCUCUGUGGAACAAUUUGAAAUCGAACCAGGAGGAUUUUUAUUUUCUAGAUCAAUUUCUAAUGUCCACCUUUCUACGAUGUUCUUUGAUCUGGUACGGACUUAAAGAUUCGUCAAUCGAGCCCCCUUGCUCCUCUUUCAUACCCAACCACGUAAGAAGGCUUUUUAAGCAUCUAUAUCACAAUUCCAACCGUUUUAUCGGAAUUUAUUUUACAUCUGCUGCUAAAAAUUGCGAUAAAAAAUCGCAAGGCAUCCUUUUUAAUAUAUUCAACACAAUAUUCAAGUCCAUAGUCGCUUAUAGAACGCAAGCCCUUCUUACUACAUUCUUGAAACAACGUCCUUUUACGCGACUCACCCAUAAUACGAAAAAUGAUAAAAGUAAUCUUAAAUAUCCUUAUUCAUUUGACACGCUUAUAAUAGUUUCUAUGCUAGAGUUUCAUCAUUUUACUAUCCUCGAACUCCAUAAAAAUGACAGGUUAAAUUGUUCACCAAACUUCGAAAAUAUACUAAAUAACCUCGAUACAAAUAUCUUGUUUCAACUCCUGAGUGACUCCACUUUUUUGGAUCUUAUAGUCCCCGGGAUGAAUCCCGAAAAUCUUAAAAAUCAAGCCCCAAGUCUCAUGAUUUUGCGCAAUUUACACACUGCUUUGAGCCGAUUUGACAAAUUAUUUACUAGUUCUACCCAUUAUCAACAAAACCUAUUACACAAUACAACUUGUGAGCAAUCUUUGCGUGAUAUCUUUCAAAAGUCGCUGGAAUCGACUCUGCACUUAUGCCAGUUCUCUUUAAGUAAUGCCUCUUGGAUGCUUUUCAAGAAAAGCCCCCAGGUUUUACGCCAGACUCAACCCGUUGGUUCUUAUCUCUCUGCCGCGAGUAGUAUUUCUACCAUUCCUUCCUUGCCUCUUACAUUGGGCAGCCAAGUGGAUAGCGAAUCCCCUUCAGCUUCACUCUCAUUAACUCUCACCACCCCCUACCGAUCCUCUAAGCCAAUUCGGUUUGCUUUCAAUCAAUACUCCUUAUCACCUAAAAAGAGAAAAAAAUCUCGUCAAAGGGAUGUGGCCAAUGAUUACCAAGUAUCCUCAUAUCACCCAGACUUCCCUUCCUCUCGACUUGACCGCUCAGACUUAAGCCCGCCAGCCUUUUACCGUCGAAGAAGGAAUCCAGUUAUUUCCUCGUCAACAGCAACCGAUAACUCCCAUGCGAUUACACCCGUUUUUGUGGAUUCACCCCACUUUAGCCUUGGCGAUCUUCCAGAUUCGAAUCCUGUAUCUUGCCGGCACUCAUUGAACACCUCCACUACAAAUGAUACAUCUUUGAUUGGUCCAUACCCGCCUGGAAUCAACAUCGUUAUAGCGGAAGAAAAGCCGCAGGACUCUUACGCUUUUCAGCGACGUUAUUACCAAACGUUUGAAGAGAAAGGUCAAACUUUUCCUCAACAUUACAUCAAAUACAGAGAUUUUACUCAGCAUUCUUACCCCGUCGUAGGUAGUUUCAACAAAUCCCCCUUUGCAUCCAAUACAGAAUCUGACAAUUCUUCCUUCGACGUUUUAUUUCAAAAUUUUUUGGAUGUUUUCUCAUCACUUUCUCCCAAAUCAUCUCGUGACUCACGAUUAUUGUUUCAAACCGAACACGAACAUCUGCUCUUUAAAAUUAUUCUAAGUCCAAACGUUAAUAGCAUAAUUCACGUGGCUGCACUUAAUACUAUAGCUUACUAUGUAUUUGACAUCAUGGAUAUAUUAUACUCUGACGAAUUUUCUAAAACAACGGUAGGCGGAAAUAGGCCUUACGUAUACACUCUUAUAUCACCCGUCAUCUUUCCCUACCUUAAAGAACGCAGAUAUUUUAACGCUCCAGCUUUCGAAGCUAGCGCCAAAAUAUUAGAAAAAAUGUUUAAAAAUCCUGAAUCCGAGAUGAAUGUCAAUCAAUCUCUCCUCAAAAUAUUUCGCAAGGAUAGCUGGGAUCUUUUUUGCGAUCAGAAUUUUUUCAAAUCAUCCGACAUAACUAGCCUAAUCUCAUUGGGAUUCGUCAUUAAUCGGCUUAUAUUAGCCGAUAAUGCCUAUUUCAAGGAAAUUAUUGGUCAUUUGUCUCCUUUGAACACCAACUACUCGUCAUCUUUCAUGCAGCUUUUUAGCAGGACUGAACAGGAAAAUGGUAUUAGAUUAGCCUGGGUCAAGAGGUUGGCUUUCAUGAUUCAUUGUGGAGCCUUCAAUCAAUAUGAGAAACAUUUACCCGAAAUUCAAGAAAAACUGGUAGAAUAUGCUAACACACAUUAUAACGUUUCCUCACAUCUUUUUGGCCCUACUCAACAGUUCGUGCGUCACGCCACUCUCUGUUCGGUGUUUUUAUGUUUCGAGGUUUUGACACUAAAGGUUUCCGAUUCCAGGCUCUUAUCGUUGUGGCCCGUGAUUAUGACUCUCUCCUUCACAAUUCUUCGUGAAUUUUGGCAACAUUUACUUGACUCAAGUCAGGUGAAUGCUCUCAAUCAGGAAAUCGAUCAGACGCCGAGAUCUGUAACUCCACCUUGUAGGCCUCUUACUCUACCUUUGGCUGGAAACGGUCAUUUAGUCACUCAUUGUGCUGUCGACAAUCAACGACAACGAUUGAAUUCCUCUGGAAGUGAACGUUUUCUUAUAUCGCCUUCCGCCUUGCAGUUGAUGUUGUCACUCUGUAGAUUGUUAGAGUUUGCAUUGGCCCUGCCUCCCGAUAAAUCCCCUUACUUUCAAUCAUGUUCAUGGUGUUUCGUAAACUCCUCUUUCAUUGGCGCGGUAAAGCUGAGUGACCUACAAAAAAUUGCACGAUAUUGUUGCGAAACUUUUCAAGAUAACACAAACCAUGGCGACUCCCUUCAUCAAGAUGAUCACCAUACUCUUGAGCCGCCAAUGACAUUAUCAGGAAUCACUCGUUUAAACGCCUUAAAUCAGCUCACACCAUUUUUUCGGAAAGUUUUGGCUGUCUCUGAUAGAUCAUUUACAACUUUUAGUUGCCGAGGAGGAAUAAAAACGUUACAAAAUUACGUGGCAGAAGAAUUCGCGGAAUCAUAUUUAGCAGAUGAUAUGGGGUGAAAAACAUGAAAUAUUGCUUCAUUGUUCUUUAAUAAUUCCUUCUAUAUGCAUAUUACUUGUUACUGACUAAAUUAUUUAUUCUAUUCAUUUUUAAAGCAAGAAUAAACUUAAAAUUAUAAAUGCUUUUUUCUUUUUACAAUUCGUAUGUUAUAUCGCUUAAUUAUUCUCAGCUUUAAAUUAUUAUCUGAAAGAAUGAUAAAAAUUGUAAAUAUAUGUGUCCAUUUUAUAAUCGGUGCAAUUUAUUCUAUAA